AUGGACGGCCGGCCGUCCCCCUCCAGGGUGACCAAGAGGACAGUAGUGCCCAAGGUCUCGAAAGCAUGUGAACGAUGCAGGGCUAUGAAAGUAAAGUGCAGCGGGGAACAACCCUGCUCCCGCUGCGCGAGACAAAAUGAGAGUUGCUACUUUGUGGCCGAGUCCAAACGGAUAUCAGUCUCCGAGAGAUAUCUCCGCGAGCUGGAAGGCCGCAAGGCGCAGGAAGAGCGCAGCCUGGAUCCCGUCGCCGCGCCGCGUCGGCUGGAUGUCGAUGCCCUCCUGACGCAGCCAAGUCCGAGCACUCCGUCGUCUCGGGCGGCGUUUGGCUUGCAUCCGCGCGAUGUAGCCCAGCACAAUGACAACCACAAUCACGGUCAAGACAGCAAUGGCCCAACACCGUCUCUGGCCCCUGAUACUGGACGUCUAUCAUAUCACAGCAGCCAUGGCAGCAGUAUAGACGAUAACCAUAGUAUCGAGCCCUCGUUUAUGCAGAAUCCUCUCGCAGACAACGACUACACAUUCACCAAGAUGAAGGGCAGAUUCUGGUACAUGGGGCCCUCUUCGUCGUGGUCCUUUUGCCGUCGAGUCCUGACGCUGCUCGGCCAGCACCGCCCCGACCAGGGCUACGUCGCCGACCCGGGCCACUUUGACGGCGGCCACAAGCUCAGCUGGAACGCCGUCAGCUGGGACGAGACGCCCGACGUGUCCAACCUGCCGCCGCUCGACUACGCGCUGCUCCUCUUCAACGUGGCCAAGUUCUACCUCGGGUCCAUAUUCUACCUCAUCGACGAGCAGGACUGGCUCAAGAACCUGUACGAGCUCUACGAGGAUCAGUCGGCCAAGGCGGCGUCGUCGCGGCACUGGUACGCGCAGUACCUCCUCAUCCUCGCCUACGGAAAGGUCUUCAUCACCAACCAGAGCAGCGCCGAGGGCCCCACCGGCCACCAGUACGCCGCCCGCGCCAUGGCCCUCAUGCCCGACCUGUCCGGCCUCGCGCCCGACUCCAUCACCGCCGUGCAGGCGCUCGUCCUCGGCGCCGUGUACCUGCAGUCCAUCGACAUGCGCGUCGGCGCGCUGCAGCACGUCUGCCACGCCAUGCGCAUCUGCAUCAUCGAGGGCUGGCACCGCCACAUGCCCGUCGAGGUCGUCGGCGCGCAGCACUCGCAGCGCUGCAACCUCAUCUUCUGGGUCGUCUACAAGCUGGAGCGCGAGUUUGGCUCGCUCAUGGGCGCGCCCUCGUCGAUCCGCGACGAGGACAUCACCGCCCGCGCGCCGUCGGAUCUCAACGACUGCUUCGACGCCCGCAACAUGGCGCUGCACGUCCGCCUCGCCCGCCUCGUCUCGCAGAUCCUCAACGCUAUUUACGGGGUCGGCCAGCGCUUCGACGGCUCCCUCGUCACCAACACCCAGUCGGUGCUGCGAGACCUGGCCCAGAUCUCGCGCGACGUCCACGCCCUGCUCGAGUCGCACUUUCAGGGCUCCAUCAGCAAGGCCUCGCGCAUGGCCGUCCGCCUGCUGCUCUCGUACCACCACUGCGUCGUCCUCACGACACGCCCCGUCGUCAUGUGCGCGCUGCACAUGCACAUCAAGCGCACCAACUCGGUCGUCGCGGGGCCCGUCAUGCUCUCCACCCCCGUCGCCUCGCUGCUGCAGUCGUGCGUCAACUCGGCCCAGACGGUGCUGCGCAUCCUGCGCGUCAUCGGCGACGAGGACCUGCUCGAGGCCUUCCUCCCCUUCCAGCUGGAGGACGCCUACUCGUCUGCGUUUGUGCUGUACCUCGUGCGCACCAUCUGCCCCUUUCUCGUCCCCGACGACAACUGGGAGGAGAACAUGCAGAGCGUCCUCGACAAGAUGAUCUCCAAGGGCAGCAUCGUCGCCCCCAUACGCAAGAUGGAGCUCGCCCAGCUCGAGCGCUUCAUGAACGCCUUUACGCCCCCGGCGCCGGCGGGCAGCAACACCGGCGGCCACCACGGCGAGGACCACAACAUGUCGGAGCAGGGCCAGGCCCACGACGACAACCUCAGCACGCCGCUGACGCCGAGCGUUGUGGCGGACGAACCGGGAUGGGACUUGUUCCAGACGGAUACCAUGAUUGGCAUUUCGCCGGGCGAGAUGCUCGAUCUGGCGGCGCAGCUGGAGCUCAACAACCCUCUGCUUUCUGCGCUGCAUGAGUGA